UUUACUAGAUGUAACUGGGGAGUUUGGCACACCAUGCUUUGUGAAGAGCAAAAAAAGUUAAUACAUCAAAGAAAAUGGUUACACUGCAAGUGUAGGGUCCAGCCAAAAAAUUAAUUAUUGGCAAUAAUCUGGGAGACUGAAUCAUAACGUAUUGACAGAAAAAUGGCAGGACUCAGGGGAGCUGAAACAAACAACAAUGCCCAGUGCAAAGGUUUUGUGUAGUGAAGUAAACCCAAUGUAAAUGUCUGGGUAAGAAGUGUUCAAAACAGGUUAAAAAGGGGGAACAGUAGGUCUUAGUUUAUCAAAACUAGAAAAUCUUGUUCAUCAGGUUGGUAGUCAAAGCCUUGGACUUAUAACUAAAUGAACUAGCACAAAGUUAAAGAAAUUUAGUGCCUUUGUUAUGAACAACAAUACACUAGUUUAAAUACUAGCCCCUAUAAAGAACCUAUACAUGCUUACUGAAUACUUUAUAUAAUUCUAAUGACAGAAACAUAACAAAAAACCUUUUCCUGUGAAUUCAUACCAUAUGACUUUUAAUAUAUGGAGCACGAGGAAACAACUAUUAUGCAGAACAUUUGAUCGUUUUGAUGAUGUUGUGUCAAGGAGAUAUCCCUGGUGAAAAAUGCUAUGUUUUGAUGCUGGUUUAAGCUGGUCCUUUGCUGGUUUAUGCUGGUCAUGUUGCCAAGGACCAGCUUAAACCAGCACCAAAACAUACCUAACCAGCAUCCCAGCAUCAAAACAUACCUACCAGCAUAUGCUGGUUUUUUCACCAGGGAUCUGACCUGUUUUAAGAGAAAAAAUAAUCAUUUAAAAUACACCAACCUUUUUUUCAAAUACUAUGUUGACUAAUGAAAGAUUUAGAUAAGUAUAUUUUAAAUAUUUUGUGUGUAUGUUAGCCUGGGUGAGUUCAUCCACAGUCAUUAUGAACGCACAGAUGAAGAGAGUCACGAGCUCAGGCGGAAUGAAUGUGUUUGGAAAUGACGGAGACAGACAGAGCGGUGAUUGAGGCUGGACGCUUUGUCAGUGAGAACUUAUGAAGAAUAAUUUAUUUAGAAAAUAAAAACCAAGUGUGUGAUUCUAUAGUGGAUUGCGUCCGUCCAUAUAGAGCCAGAUAUCACACUGUUACUUGUCAGAAAAUUGGAAGAGCAGAAAAAUGGAUGUGUCAAAGAGGAUAAUCAGAAACUUGGAACCAGCGAGACCACUGCGCCGUCUGAACAUGAAUCAAGGCAUCUUAAUUGUAGUGCCUCAAAGCUAUGCUGAGAUUAAGCCGGUAGAAAAGCCAGACAACAUUAUUAAAGUGGAGCAUUUCUAUGAAAUCCUGCAUCUUCAAAGCACCAACACCCAACCAAAGAAGAAAGCUGAAAGAAUUUGCUACACUCGGGAGUUCCUGAUUAAGUUGGCAAGUUGUCCAAUGUCUAAGAAGAAACCUGAGUUUUUACCAGAGCAUCCAAUCGUUUUGGAGAAUGGAAGAACCAAUGAUGUGCCCAGAUACUUCAUCACCAACCACAACAACAAUGAGGAAAUGGCUGCCUAAUGUGGGGAAUUUCUUACAGUAUUUUUUUUUUUUUUUUUUUAAUUGCCCUGAAACUGCACUGCAUGAGGACCAAGUGGAAAGGGUCACACGUUAAAUUGAUAACUUUUAUGGUUAUAGAGGGUAAAAAACAUUUCAUCCUAAGCUUUACAAUGAAAACUAUAGUUUUGUAAAGGUAAACUAAAACACAACUAAAAAAAAUCUAAAAACUUUUCAACAUAGAUGCUGCAAUGCUUGUUCCUAACCAGUCCACAAUACAGAGAGUUAAAUGAUACUAACAGCACUGAUGCCUUAAUGCUUGCAAAAGAUUCCACAUCCUAUUUUGUUGUGUUAAACUCAAUGUCCUUUUUUGACCAUACUUUAGUUCUACCUUAUUGGACAUUUGUGAUGUCAAACUCAGGCUUUUGAUCCUUGCCUGACGCAUGUUGUGUAACUACACUGCACUAAAGAGUGUGGAUAUUUGGACUUGAAGUGUUUGAGAUUGAAGCGCACCUUAAAUUAUAAACUAACUUCUAGCAAGUUCAUAUGCCUGAGUUAGACUUUAGUGAAUCAGAUGACUGUAUUAACACUGGAUAUUAUAGAGACUGAGAUUGGAAAGCAAAACAACCAAUAUCAUUUGACAAUUAUUGCACCUGUGGAUGAGUAAUAAGGAGCUUUUUUUCUUUUUAAAGGUACAGUAAGCUAUUUUUACUUUUUGCAGGCAUUGCACUUGAAAAUAGAUCUUUUUGUCUGCAUAUGUCUGAAAUUUAUUUAAUUCUUUGCUGUGAAGUGGAUUGGAGCACAGAAUAAGUGUUUGUUACAGUACUGUAACUUUCCCAGUAUUAUAAUAUUAUUAAAGGUUACUAGAAAAAGUGUUAAAAUAAAGAACCACUCUGGAUCUUAUGCAAGGUUUUUUUUUUUUUCCUGAUUUGCACAUCUGGGCAGAGGCAAUAUUUGCUUUUUGUAUCACACUGUAAUUUGUUAGCUCAUUGUCCCAACUUGAAAUUGGAUUUAUUCCACUGAAUACACUCAGUAAAGAAACAUUUAUUUUA